CCUCUACUGCCUGCAGUCUCUGGUCAUCCCCUGUACUGUCUGCAGUCUCUGGUCAUCUCCUGUACUGUCCGCAGUCUCUGGUCAUCUCCUGUACUGUCCGCAGUCUCUGUUCAUCUCCUGUACUGUCUGCAGUCUCUGUUCAUCCCCUAUACUGUCCGCAGUCUCUGGUCAUCCCCUGUACUGUCCGCAGUCUCUGGUCAUCUCCUGUACUGUCCGCAGUCUCUGCUCAUCUCCUGUACUGUGUCCACAGUCUCUGAUCCAUCUCCUGUAUUAUGUCCGCAGUCUCUGGUCAUCCCCUGUACUGUGUCCGCAGUCUCUGGUCAUCUCCUGUACUGUGUCCACAUCUCUGGUCAUCUCCUGUACUGUCCGCAGUCUCUGGUCAUCCCCUGUACUGUGUCUGCAGUCUCUGGUCAUCUCCUGUACUAUGUCCGCAGUCUCUGGUCAUCUCCU